AUGUUCAUUCAAACAAAAAGCAAAACCGUUGACCAUAGGGAAAUAUAUAACGGAAGUUACAUGUCAUCAUUGAUAAAAGAUCAACGGAAGAACCAGAAUAGAAAAUCAAAUGUACCAGAUCUUCAAGAACCCAACGAGCUCUACCAUAGCCCUAUACCUCUGCCCAAAGAAAAGUGUGCUGAUCUAAAAGUUCUAAUGGAAUUUUGUGAAGAAGAGGGAUCUAAAGAGUACUACGGCCAACUUCUCUCUGCUAACCGGCCUGUACUAGAACCAGAAUCAGAUGAUGUGCCUGAUGAUCAAAGUGAUUUUUAG